AUGAAGUCAACACCACUAUCCCUCCUCUGCGCAACCCUCCUACUCGUUCUCCCUGCAUUCGCCCAGUUCCAGUUCUUCGACCAAAUGUUCAACCAAGGCGGUCAGCAACAGCAACAACCACAGAAUGCCGGCUCAGACUCUGCAUGGUACAAACAACAAUAUGAAGCUGUCCACUGCGACAAGUACCUCUGCCCCUCGACGCUAUCUUGCGUACACUUCCCGCACCACUGUCCAUGCGCUUUCCCUGAAAUAGAAGACAAGGUUGAGUUGGACGAUGGUAGUAUGGUAUGCGUGUCAAAGGGAGGCUACAAAGCGGGAGAAGCUGCCAGAAAGAUUCAGCUGGCCAGAAAGGGCUUGUUGUAG